AGUAUUAUUUUAAAUUUAGCACGCAGAACUUUAAAAAUUUUAAACUAACGGGUUGUGCCUGGAGAACGGAGAGAUAAACGAAGCUUAUAGGGGUCAACUAACUGCUGUUAUCCUAGCGCAUAUCCUGGGUUUAAAAUUGUAUUUAAUAUUUAUAUAUUUAAAGUGAACGCGAAAUUUAUUUUAAGUUGAUAAGUUAAAAUUGUUUUUAAUGAAACGCAAAAAAUUUUUUUAAAUAUUAAUAUUCCUUUAAAAUAUUAAUAAAUUUCAAUAAAAAAAACUCAUAAAUCACGAACUCAUAAAGCAAAGCAAUGAAGUUACAGAACAAAUUCUUGACUUCUAUAAUUUUUUUAGUACUGUGUUUUUCGACAUAUAAAAGUGUAGAUGCGAAAAUGCUUACUAGAUGCCAGCUAGCAAAGGAGCUGCUGCGUCAUGAUUUUCCAAGGAGUUACUUAUCGAACUGGGUCUGCUUAGUUGAAACUGAGAGCGGUAGGAGUACAUCUAAAGUCUUACAAUUACCGAAUCAAAGUGUAAGCUAUGGACUUUUUCAGAUCAACAGCAAAAAUUGGUGUCGCAAAGGACGGAAAGGAGGCGUCUGCAAUAUAAAAUGCGAAGAUUUUUUGAACGAUGAAAUUUCUGAUGACUCGCGUUGCGCCAUGCAGAUCUUCAAUCGUUACGGCUUUCAGGCUUGGCCUGGUUGGGUUAAUAAGUGUCGUGGGCGAACUCUGCCUGAUGUCUCCAGAUGUUAAUUCAGGCGUAUACAUAUUGAUAUAUGUGGCUUUAUGCAGUUUAAAGUGUCACAUUUAGAAUUUCGUACUGAUUUAAGUUGAUAGAUUGAAAGGCAUACAAACGAAUGAUUAUAUCGUUACAUCGUAGUAUUACAAUUUAAUUUAAGAAACCAAAAACAAAAUAAUAAAAAAUUUAUGCUUAGGUUAUAUUGGCAACGAAAAUUGGCUUAUUUAUAAAUUGUUUAUUAAAAGUGAUAUUUUUUUAUUUAAAAUUAAAUUAAAUGUAAAUUAUUUAAUUGGUCUCGUGAUUCUAAAAAUACUAAGCAGAAAAUAAUAAUAUAAACAAACUUAAUAUAAGUUAGUGGGUAUAACGUAAAUUAAAUUUAUUUUUGUUUUAAGUUUAAUUAAUAUAUAAAUAAAUUUAAAAUUAUAC